CACGGAAAAGCACACGAGGCGAGCGGCCGGACGAGGGCGAGUCCAGCGAGACGCUUUCGAACACCGGAUACUUUCUCCCGGCUUGGUCGGGUGCGCACGAGAAGAGGCUACGCGGUUGACCUGGCCUCCCAUCGAACUAUGAACAACGUCGUCGUUUUGGCAACAGCACUUAUGUGCAUCGGAAUCAUUGGCCUUCACGCUGUGAGAGCCGGCAGGCCUGGGACACUGGGAAGAGUGCGGCCUUCUGGAAUAGCUGGACGGCGCUUCGCGUUUCUUGGACCUGAUGGGAUAGUUUACUCCAGUUCUCCUGACGAUCUGGACAAGAGCACAUCGUCCGAAGAGAAACGUCCCUCAAACGACCAUCACCAAUCAAAGCAUCCACACCAUGGGGCAAAGCACUCGCACCACAGUUACCACCAAACGGCAUCACCUGAACUAAGUAAGGCCCACGCCGACACCACUCAUAAUCCUCAGGACCAACUGCCCCUACCUGGUGAGCCUAUUAUUAGGAAACCGGCUUUAGACAAUCGUCCCGGUAUCUCACCGGCUUACUUUCCCGUCAUCAAGCCUCCUGUUCCUCCAAAAUAUCCCGAUUUGGCCGAAACUGGAAUUCGCCAAGAAGGAAAGUUCGAUGACAAGGGGCCCAACAAUGUGCCGUUUGAGCCAAAAUCACCACCGCUGGAUAAGUACCCGGAUAUAUCCGAAAGCACAGCAACACUCAGCAAUCGUCCACCUUCUCAGUACCCAGAUGUGACCGAUCAGGAACCGCCUUUGAAAGGCAAUCGCCCCGACCUACCGCACCACACUCCUCUCAAAUCUGGUACCGUGAAUGGGCACAUCGGAGGCGAGGAGCCACAUUCGGCAAAAACUUCCAGCAACAUUUACGACAGCCCUCUACCCGCGGCCACUGAAGCCAAACCUGAUGUCGUGCCGCCACCUCCUACCGAGGGCGCGACGCCACCGUUGGUUCAAGUGCCAGCGAAUGGACAAUCGGAAACUCCGGAUCUCGCGCUUCCAUUAGGGAAAAACGUUCCUUCGGCUCCUGUUCCUCCUCAGCAAUAUCCUGAUUUACCACAGAAGAACAAGGAGAUCGUCCCGCCGAUUGCAGCUGCUGCUCCUGCUGUGACGCCUUCUUCCUUGGGACCAACGUCGCCGGGGUGCCCCGUGUGCCAGUGUGCGUGCCCGCAGACACCGUAUGGUGGAGGGUUCCCGGGUUUUCCUAAUGUCGGGUUUCCAAACUAUGGUGGGGGCUUUAAUGGAUACCCCAACGCAUUCCCUCAGCCUUUCCCCGGUUAUCCUGGUAGGUUCCCUCAGGGUGCCCCUCAAGGACCUCAAAACCAAGGGUACCCUGGUCAAGACAGCGCGCCAAAUCCUGAGCGCGCUCUUUAUCCUAAUAAAAAUGCUCCUCCGGGCCCCGGCUAUAUACAAGGACCUCAGAACUAUCCAGGCUACCAGCAGAUACCAAACGGUUACCCUCAAGGAGCUAGCCCGGCCGGCACCCAACGCCCUGGUCAUGAAGAGCGACCUCCAAGCUUUUCUCAAGGCCGAGACAAUACACAGCCUGGCCAUCCGCAAGUGCCCAUUUAUGCACCAGGGUCACAAGGGUCUACACAGGAAUUUCCCAAUGUUCCCGAACACGGCAAAGUAGACGGCGAAAAAUCACUCGGAAACCUGCCUGGCCCGAAACCGGACGCUAAGAGUCUAGAUGUCGAGUCACCGCGUGAUGACACCGUUCCUGCCGAGUCUCAAUUCCUUUCUGAAGUCGUUUUGCCACCGGAAAAAGACUACCAGUCGUGCAGAGGCCCAUCGUGUCCACACGUUCUAAAGAAUGGACCGAAAGGCUCCAAUUACGCAGAAUUGGCACCACCAGAGAAGGCUGUAGACGACUGUCCCUGUCGCCAUCACAAAGAAAAGCCUGUGAUUACCGCGCCACCUCUGAAAACCACUUGCCUUGGCCCUGACUGCCUGCCAAGGGACCCGGUCAUACCGCUGGAAGAUGCGACAACCGUGGUCAAGCAACCAGCAAAGCCACUCGACUCCUUCAGUUCUCACAGUCCACCAUACUCUGACCUCAUUCCUGGAAAACCUCCAGGGCAGCACGUGGAUUCCUCUGAAUCAGAAACGUUCCAACCGGGAGGGUCACUGUACCCUGCCCAGGAACCACAGCCGACUGGAAAAUUGCCGCCGAUAGGUGGUCGAGACGAAGCCGUACCGAAUGUCAUGCCAUCGGGUCUGCCUGGUUACCCCACUCGCUCAAGUGAGGGGACCGAUGACCUCCCUACGGAUAAACAAGCUCCACCGGUGGUACCAUAUGGUCCCAUCGACUUACCCUUACAAGGAAGUCCAAUUGACCCAGCAGGCAAGUCAUCUGUGGCUUCUUCCGACGAUUCCGUCAAAGAACCAGUAGCGCCUGUAGUGCCCGGAGGCUACCCUGUAAAUAUACCGCCAUCUAAGUUUCCUGUCCAUUCAGAAGAAGAGCCUCUGGUUCCACUGAAUGAGCCUGUCAAACAACCGCCGCCGCCUGUAGUGCCCGGUGGCUACCCCGUCCAUAUACCGCCAUCUGAGCUGCCUAGAGGACCGGAAGAAGGGCCUUUGAAUCCUCUGAAUGAACCAGUGAAAGAACCAGUAGCGCCUGUAGUGCCCGGAGGCUACCCGGUGAAUAUACCGCCAUCUAAGUUGCCUGGCCAUCCAGAAGAAGGGCCUCUGGUUCCGCUGAAUGAGCCUGUCAAACAACCACCGCCGCCUGUAGUGCCCGGUGGCUACCCCGUCAAUAUACCGCCAUCUCAGCUGCCUAGCAGACCGGAAGAAGGGCCUUUGAAUCGUCUGAAUGAACCAGUGAAAGAACCAGUAGCGCCUGUAGCGCCCGGAGGCUACCCGGUGAAUGUACCGCCAUCUAACUUGCCUGGCCAUCCAAAAGAAGGGCCCGUAAAACCCCAGAUAUUAUUAUUAAAAGAAGGGCCUCUGUUUCCACUGAAUGAGCCUGUCAAACAACCACCGCCGCCUGUAGUGCCCGGUGGCUACCCCGUCCAUAUACCGCCAUCUGAUCUGCCUAGAGGCCCGGAAGAAGGGCCUUUGAAUCCUCUGAAUGAACCAGUGAAAGAACCAGUAGCGCCUGUAGUGCCCGGAGGCUACCCGGUGAAUAUACCGCCAUCUACGUUGCCUGGCCAUCCAGAAGAAGGGCAUCUGGUUCCGCUGAAUGAGCCUGUCAAACAACCACCGCAGCCUGUAGUGCCCGGUGGCUACCCCGUCAAUAUACCGCCAUCUGAGCUGCCUAGCAGACCGGAAGAAGGGCCUUUGAAUCCUCUGAAUGAACCAGUGAAAGAACCAGUAGCGCCUGUAGUGCCCGGAGGCUACCCGGUGAAUGUACCGCCAUCUAAGUUGCCUGGCCCUCCAAAAGGAGGGCCUCUGGUUCCACUGAAUGAGCCUGUCAAACAACCACCGCCGCCUGUAGUGCCCGGUGGCUACCCCGUCAAUAUACCGCCAUCUGAGCUGCCUAGCAGACCGGACGAAGGGCCUUUGAAUCCUCUGAAUGAACCAGUGAAAGAACCAGUAGCGCCUGUAGUGCCCGGAGGCUACCCGGUGAAUAUACCGCCAUCUAAGUUGCCUGGCCAUCCAGAAGAAGGGCCUCUGGUUCCGCUUAAUGAGCCUGUCAAACAACCACCGCCGCCGGUAGUGCCCGGUGGCUACCCCGUCAAUAUACCGCCAUCUCAGCUGCCUAGCAGACCGGAAGAAGGGCGUCUGGUUCCUCUCAAUGAGCCUGUCAAGCAACCAGUAGCGCCCGUAGUGCCCGGAGGCUACCCGGUGAAUAUACCACCGUCUAAGUUGCCUCACCAGCAGGCAGAAGGGUUUUCUGCGGAACCGCAGCCAUCACUCGGAGGUGGCACGCCUCCAUCUUCUUGGCAAUAUGCUCAAUGCGGCCUACCACCGAAGAAACCAUCGUCGCUUCGCGGAUCGUUCCCGUGGCAGGCAACCCUGGCGAAGAAAGUGGGACGGUCCAAGCGCUACUUCUGUGCCGCCACCCUGAUCUCACUCAAGCACGUGCUGGCUCCUGCUCACUGCGUAGCCAAGGUCACUCCUGCAGCAGUGGUGGUACAGCUGGGCAACCUGCUAAAGAACGGCGAGCUGAACACCUACGGUGUGCACGCGGUUGCCACGCACCCUUCGUACUCCCCAGACACGCCCGCUGCUAACUUGGCCAUCAUCACGCUGGACAGGGAGGUCACGCUGAACGACGACGUGCAUCCAAUCUGCCUAGCCGAGGACGACGCAGCCUCACUCGUCGACUACGACUGCUUCGCCACCGGCUGGCCAAACAGUGCUCUGAAGGUGAACCGGUAUGACACGCUGCGGAAGAUGCCGGUUCCCACCAUGCCCAAUGAUCUCUGCCAAGAAAAGGUCAAGGCCGAAUCUUCGCUGGGUUCCGCUUACAACCUGGACAACCAGUACGUCUGUUGCUCUAUGCCACCAGGGGUCAUUUCAUUUCAGUCGUGCACCGGUGGCGGCUUGGCCUGUGUCCCCAAGGGCGGCAACGGCCGCUACGUGUGUCCCGGCCUGGCAACAUUCAAGGAGGACGUGAGCAUGGGCCCCAGUAUCAGCGGCAUGUUUCUGCGCAUUAGCAGCCACAUUCCGUGGAUAAAGGACGUGCUGUCCAAGCAAGACUGAGGGAAUCCUGUGUUCUAAUAAACGCAAGGCCCGACGU